AUGGCAUCAUUUAAUAAUAUAAAUCAUCAAUUAUUACCAACCAUCGACGAUCGUGAUAUGUAUUUGAGUGUAUUACAUAAAUCAAGUAUUGGUCUUUUAAAUUAUGAAUCAUUUUCUAAAGUUCGUCAAACCGUACUCAAAUAUAAUUGGGUCCCAUGUGGGGUAACAUUUUACGGUGAACAUGAUAAUCAUGACUAUGCGCUUGAAUUUGAUCUUGUCAUUGAUGAACAUCAUUGCUAUUAUCUUCGUGUACCAUGGAAUAUUGAUUAUGUACCAAUUCAAUGUCAUUUAUCAGCAAAGUCAAUGGCAAAUGCUGGCUAUUCGUGGACAUUAAAAAUGUUAGAUCGCAUCCUACGUUUAUUAUGCAACUGUUGUCCUGGUCUAUUUGAAUUAUCAUACACAAAUGGUCUAUUUGGUCGUCAACCGAGUUUGUGGAUUACCUACGAUGGACUGAAUAAUACUCAAGAUUAUCAGAGAGAUGUAUUUAUACUUCAAAAUAAACGACUAGCUAGAGAUCUCACUCAAGUUAUUUAUGAUCAUGAUGAAAGUGAUGUAUUUCGAGCGUCGUUACAUGUUCUAGGACAUGGAAAAUGUAUUGGUACACAUUAUUAUUAUGAUUUAUCAACUAUGACAACUACUGACACAUAUGAGGACGGUUCAUCAACAAUCACAGUUUCUGCCCAUCAUAAUCGAACACAAACUGAAUCAAUCAAACUUCGUUCUCAUUCACCCACUUUACUUUUAUCACUGGAACGUCCGCGCACCGGUGCACGUGUUCGUUGGACAGAAGAAACCGUUGAUAAUGAAUUCAUGAAUAAAAAAAAAUCAAAAUGUUGUUGUAUUUAUAUAAAGUCAUCUGAAAUUGAUGAUUUAGAUGAGAAUGACGAUGGCAUCGACGAUGCAAAUAAACGUAGUGAUGAUAAUGAGUUUAGCCAUUGUGAACAUUGUCGAUAUCAUGUAACGUCUGAUUAUCAAGCGUCAAAUGAUCCAGAUCGACCGAAUAGAAUUAAAAAAGUUAAAUUGAAAAUUGAUGAUAAAAGUGCACAGAGCAAUGCCAAUAACAAUUUUGAUAAACAAUCUAGUUAG